AUGAAUUUUUGUAGAAUUAUUCCAAAUAAUUUUCAAUUAGAAGAACCUUUAACAACAAAAUUACCAAAAAUUAAAAGGUUUAAUGGUCAAAGUAUUAUUGAUGAAAUAAACGAAAGAAUUGGACAAAAUUUACUUGAAUGGAUUGAAAAUUCGUUGAAUAGUUUUCUCAUUUGCGUGCAAAGGCUUCUUGUAGAAAGAUGUUUUGAACCUCCACAACGUUUCACUUUACAACAAGAGAAUCUCCGUUUACUUACACAUAAUAUUUAUUCUUCUCAAAUUUCUUUGGCACAUAAAGCAGAAUUAGCAGCAAAAUUGGAAUUUCCAGAAUUACGUUUAAUUGAAUAUGAUUGUGGAAAACUUCAAGUACUCGCCAGGCUAUUAGAACAAUUAUAUGAAAAUAAACAUCGUUGCCUUAUUUUCACCCAAAUGUCAAAAAUGUUGGAUAUACUUCAAGCAUUCCUUUCUCACCACAAUUAUAACUAUUUUCGUUUGGAUGGUUCAACUCAUAUAGAUCAGAGACAGGCAAUGAUGGAACGUUUUAAUACUGAUAGUUCUAUAUUUUGUUUCAUUCUUUCUACAAGAUCUGGGGGUAUUGGUGUUAAUUUAACUGGGGCUGAUACUGUUAUAUUUUAUGAUUCUGAUUGGAAUCCGACAAUGGAUGCUCAAGCACAGGAUCGUUGUCACAGAAUUGGACAAACAAGAAAUGUAACAAUUUAUCGUUUAAUUAGUGAAAGAACAAUUGAAGAAAAUAUUUUAACAAAAUCAACACAAAAAAGGCGUUUAGGGGAAAUGACAAUAGAUGAAGGGGAAUUUACUCCAGAUUUUUUUAAAUCAGCAAAUAAUUUGAGAGAAUUAUUUAAUAAUGAAGAAACUGUUGCAAAUAUAUUAAAAGAAAAUGAAGAAUUAAUUAAAAAUAAUAAAACUUCAACAAAAGAAUUAGAAAUGGCUAUGUUAAGUGUUGAAGAUAAACAAGAUGUUUUGGCAGCACAAAAAGCUAAAGAAGAAAAUAAUGUUGAUUUAAUUGAAUUUGAUGAAAAUACUCAAAUAAAUGGAAGAGGAGGUGGAGGGGGAGAAGAACGUGGAAAUAGUUAUAUUGAAAGUCCUUCAGAGCAAUAUUUGGAAUUAAUUAAUGAGUUAAAACCAAUUGAACGAUAUGCCGUUAAUUUUCUUACAAAUGAGUACAGGCCUGCUUUAGAUAAAGAAUUUGAAGAAACUGAGGCCCUAAUUCGAGCUAAACAAAAAGAAUUUUUGCAAGAUAGUAGUGAGGAUGAUGUUUCUGAUAAAGGAAGUAUUGUUAGCAAAAAAUCAUCAAAAGAUGGGAAACAACAAAAACAUAACAACAAAACAAUUGAAGAACAACAACAAAAUAUUACUUUUGAUGCAAAUUUAAAUGAGGUAUUGAAAAAAGAGGAGAGGGUUAGUAGAAAGAAUAGUAGUAAUUCUCUUAAAAAUAAAAAGGGUUCUAGUAGUAAUAUAAUUGUAAAAAAGCGUUACAAUACAAGAAAUUCAUCAUUUUCUUUAAAUAUACCACCAACAACAACAAGUCAACAAUCAUCAAAUAAUAAUUUUGCUAUCCCUCAAUUACCUCAAACAAGCAGUAAUGGAUUUGGUAGUAGUAAUAAUAAGAGCAGGAAAAAAGGCUCUUAA